ACAGAGAAGAUUAGGUGCAAAGGAGAGGUGGCAGCAUGGGACUCCAGGAUGGGUCGUAAAGAAUAUAGAGCAGCUACGUGAAGGAUGAAGAAGACAAUGAAACGUGCCGUCUUGUCCUUGGUAAGCCAAAUGAUGUAUUUUGCAUGAACAAUUACAUUGAUUGCCUCACCUUUUUUCAGAUUGCCCCGUCUAUCCACGCCCAGCUUUGACAGACAGGAUGAAGGUGAAGUGGACCAUGUUGGGCAUGGUGGUCUUCUUCUUGCUCUCCGUGGUUAUGACCUGCUGCUUCAUUUGGCAAUAUAGAAUCCCCAAGAUGAAGACAGGUAACCUUUACCGUGGUGUCUUACAGUUACACCUUGACCAAGGUGUCCUUGGCUCCAGGGCUGACUUGAGGUAUCUGCAGCAGGAUUACACAAAACUGGCACAGGCUUACUAGCUUCUGUGGGGAAAAAAAGGCCAAUACUGCUUUCAAAAGUGUUCAAUCUCUGUAUAAAAGGACAUUUGUAGAGUGAUGAAAGAUUUAAAGUUAGUAUUUUUUGCAGUCAACAAAUCAUCACUUUGAACGCCACUGCUAUAAAAAUGUAUGUAACUUGUUCCAUACUGUAUGUACAAAAGAAAAAAUAUCAUAAUGGCUCACCAUUCCUUAGAUUGUUCAAUAUGUGGCUCUCUGUCAGGUUCCAAACUGAUGACAUCUAUUAAACAAGACAAGAAGCAAGGAAUCAAACAGAGACAGAAUUCAAUUUGGCUUGUACAGUGUCACCACGCUCUGACGAAAGAUUGUACGCCUCCUCUUUUAUUUGGACUUUCCCUGAUUACAAGGCAACAGCUGUUUCUAAGGGAAGGGGGUCAUAAACAGCCAUUGCCUUUGGUUACAGAACAGUUCAAAGAAAAGGUCGUAAAACCCUUCAAAGAAGAGGUGCCUUGAGGGGAGUCAGGUCCUGCUUCCUCUUCGCUUUGUAGUUCUCGGGUCAAGACAAAAUCUUUCUGUGGAUUACAAUACAUCAAAGAAACCGAACACCUUCAUGCUGCUUCCCAUCCUACACAGUGGAGUUUUACAAGCCUUCUUCUCGGUAGGAUCAAAGACAGCUUUUGUCUGCUCGCCGGGAACUCAUCGAAACACAACGUUUUGUGAUAACUUAGAUACAAUUAUUCUAACACUCUCGGUGGAAAAUGUGGGCUUCGACACGACUGUGACCAACUCAAAAACUAAAAGUUGUAGUCUUUGUUUGUUGUUUUUGAACCCAGAAGAGGAGCUGAGAGAAGCAGCAGCUGAAGACAUGUGCCCACGUUACCCUGAGCCUCUGCCCCUCAAACAUCCCAUCCUGUCCUUGAGGGUGGCUUUAGAGAAGGUUGAUGUCCUCCUGAGUAGCAGUGUGGACGCCACCAAGCGUCCAGCGCUGUCUGCUAUUCUAGUUUUAAAUGACUCGGUUCUAUGGCUGGGUAAUUUUGGAAAGAAGAACAUCAGCGAGCAGACAUCAGCCCCGCCCCAUGAGCACACAGUGUACAGAAUAGCAAGCCUCUCCAAGAUCUUUCCCACUCUGAUGUUGUACAAGCUGUGGGAAGAAGGACUUGUGGGCUCUCUAGAUGACUCUGUGGAGAAGUAUGCAGACAACUUCAACAUCAAGAAUCCUCUGGGAAGAAGUGCUGAGUCAGCAGCCACCUUCAAAAGACCUGCAAUUACUUUGCGAAGGAUGGCCAGCCAUCUCUCUGGAUUACCGCGCAGAUUAAGGUCAACUAAUCUCCUCUGGAGUGGAGACACACAAGCAGCCAUUAAUUUGUUACGAGAUGAUGUCCUUGUUGCGGACCCUGGAACAAAAUGCCACUACAGCAAUGUUGCCUUCUCCUUACUGGCCAACGUCCUGGCCCACAAACUGACCGGAAUGGACUUUGAGAAGUGGCUUUUUCACAAUAUUUUGGCUCAGCUGGGCAUGAAGAACACUGGUUUCGACAUGAGUCCAAUGAUCCGGAGGCAGAUGGCGGUGGGUGUCUACAGCAAUGGUGAGCCCGCCCCCCUUUACAACUUGGGCUGGUAUCGGCCCGCGGGUCAGAUGUACUCCACGACUGCUGACAUGGCCAAACUUAUGAUGGCCCUCCUGGGCUCACACAGCAGGACGCUUCUCCGAAAGGACACUCUGAACACAAUGCUGGCCCUGGUUUUCCAGUGCCAGAGGGGCUACUUUGCCAACUACACAGGCACGCCCUGGGAGAUCAACCAGCAACUGGGCUAUGAUGUGGUAAGAAAGGAUGGCGACUUGGACGGCUAUGCAGCCACUCUCUCUCUUGUGCCACGGCUUAAAUUGGGACUGGUGAUCCUGAUGGCCGGAGUUCGACCUUCGGACAAGGAUUUGGUGAGCCUGAUCUACAGCCACCUCCUUCCUGCCGUGGAAGGCGCAUUUAGGGAUGCUGAACGGAUUCCUAGACCACCGCCUGACCCGGCUCCUUAUAUUGGCUUUUUCACUUACAAGAAUAUGACUUUCUAUGAGAUUAAAACGGGAUCAGAUGGAGCGCUGGUCAUGCAGCAGUUUGGACCACAGGUGGAGAAAAGUCUUCCAUCCAAAUACCAAACCCUCAGACUUGAGUACCUGCAGGACAGGGUGUUCAGAGUGGUGUUGAAGAGCCCAUACCCUUGUCAAUUAAAGUUAAACAGUGCCUCGGUCUCGCUGGAGACACAAGACAGACAACUCUUUAAUUUCUACCUCUUCAACAAGAAAGGUGUGUCGCCAGGUUUCGAUUCUCCAGGACUCAACACAUACAAAGUCAUGCGGAUAGCCAGCAGACCAUUUUUUACCACAUGAAGACUGAAUGUUGUCAUGGCGAUGUCUACACCUUGGAUCAUUUGUAUGGUGAAUUGAUUGAUCUUACUGUGUGAGUCCGCUAUGUGAACUAGUACGCUACCGAUGGCCAUGUGAGUCUUGGAGCACUCACCUAUGUCUGCUUCAGGGAAUAAAACCAUUCAUUUCUUAGACGGACCCCCAGGUUAGCCAAAUAGUCCUCAGAAGAUUCCAAUAAAAUAGAGAAACAUGGUGGUCAUGACUGUGUAUUGUUGGAGAAAGACUGCCUGAAACUGGUCACUUCUGUGGGUUCACAUUUAAAAACUUGGCAAGGAAUCCGUGGAGAUGUGUGUUGGUCUUGUACGAAUCUAUCUACUUGUGCUUAUCUGAGGUCGGGUCACGAGCGCAGCAGCCUAACCCAAGACUUUCCUCUCCUCAACACCUCCCAAGGUGUUCCCAGAGAGAUAUAGUCUCCAACGUGUCCUGGGUCUUCUCCGAAGCCUCCUCGCGGUCAGACGUCCUCUGACCAGAUGCCUGAGCCACCUCAUCUGGCUCCUCUCAAUGUGGAAGAGCAAGGGUUUUUACUCAAGAGUUCCUCCCGAAUGAUAGAGCUUCUCACCCUAUCUUGACUGCGCGUCCAGCCUGCCCUAA